GACACGUUGCCAAAUCUCAAAUCGGUUGCGAAGCUGCCUGCAUCAUCCGCUGACCGAGCCAGGAACCGACAAGCAGAACCGGAGAAAAAAUGGCGUUCACAUUCGCGGCCUUUUGUUACAUGCUUGCUCUGCUGCUCACGGCGGCGCUUAUCUUCUUCGCUAUCUGGCAUAUAAUAGCAUUUGAUGAGCUGAAGACUGAUUACAAGAAUCCUAUAGAUCAGUGUAACACUUUAAAUCCGCUGGUGCUCCCAGAGUAUCUCAUCCAUUUCUUCUUCUGCGUGAUGUUCUUCUGUGCGGCCGAGUGGCUCACCCUCUGUCUCAACUUACCACUACUGGCUUAUCACGUCUGGAGGUAUAUGAGCAGACCAGUGAUGAGCUGUCCAGGACUCUACGACCCAACGACCAUCAUGAAUGCUGACAUCCUGGCGUUCUGUCAAAAAGAAGGCUGGUGCAAACUGGCUUUCUACCUCCUGUCAUUCUUCUACUAUCUCUACGGGAUGAUUUAUGUUCUGGUGAGCUCUUAAACCAGACAAUGAAGGAAAAGGACCUGCAUGUACAGUAGAUGACCAGACACUAUGAUCUUAGUGCUGGAACACUGGACCUGCUGGAGACCACCGUUCAGCAACACAAGACGCCAUUUCAAGUGGACAAACUCGACCCUAACACCACACACACAUGCCGUGCAGCGUGUCAUUUUGGAAACAUUUAGCCCCUUUUAAGAGAAUUGCUCGGUCGGAGCAUUCCUCUCAUAGCACUAUAGUUAAAGUUUUAUGGGAAAUAAGGACAAACCUGAAUGGACAAGUUUUUUUCCUUUUUAUUUUUAAUGGUGUGAUGAUUUUGAUGCUUGGGAUUUAAAUAAAGGUUUUCUUUUUUUCAUAUUGGUUCCCAACUUUUGAGUGUUUACACAUUAGGUAGCCAUUUUCAGGUGUGCAAAAUCUGUGUGAAUCUUGAGCUGUGUGCUGAACUGCAUUAGCUUUUUCUGUGAAUUAGAUUCUGGGCUUUAAAAGCUAAUUUAUACCUGCCAUGUGAUUCGUUAUCGUCACUAAAACAAACAGCAAAGUGUAAACUAGACUUCUGUUCUUGCCCAUAGAUACAAAUGGUCUUAAAAUUGAUUUCUUUUUAAGAGAAGUUAUGUACAGAUAGGGCUGAAGUGCAUGGGUUAUUAUCACUUAGUGAAACGUGUUGCACAGGGACAAUCAUAGUCUGGUUUUUGCAUCAGUUUAAACAAUCUGAUGUAUUGUUUCCAUACUUCAGAUCUAUUUAUCAUCGCAUUUAAAUCUUGUAGUCCCUGUUGAAAUCAAUGGCAAUAUUUGUUUUCUUAAGUGUGAAUCCAGAGUAGACCGCAAUGUGUAUUUGACCUGUAUUUCUGUAGAGUUGCCCUUGCAGCUAUCGAUAAAUAAAAAGGUAGACUCAACAGUACAAUAAUAUAUUCAGCAUUAGGAAGCAACAAUACUUUGUUAGUCUCUGCUUUCUGCAUUUGAGCUUUGGUAGGAGAGCGCUGAUGUGCCAUGCUGUUGAAUGUACCUUUUUUUCAAAACUGUUUUUGUCAUUGUUCAUUUCAACAGAAAAUAUUCCACAGCGUUAUUUAUUCAUGAAAUGUUUUUAAUUUCACUUUGUCUCCAGGAUAUCAAGCACUCCUCGCAGUGUCGGGUCAUUUCCGAUCAAAUCUGGAGUGUGAUUUCUUUUAGAGUUGAGGCCAUUAGACAGAUGUUUUCAUAAAUACUAGAGUAUUUAUUGCCAUUUUCACAUAUGUAAAUCUGUCAGGGAAAGGGUGAUCAUUUAAGAUAAAAUUGCAUUUUUAUGUGAUCCCAUCGUAUUACGUCCAGGAAAUGACAACUUGAGUUUAUUUGAAUCUCAAUAAAACUAUCCCACUCUGUUA